AUGGUGAUCCAGCAGUAUGCGCGAUAUCCGCCGGCGAUGGAGUCAACGCUUCAGAGUGCCUCCUCCCUAGGGAGUGCUCGAAGCCAGAUUGACACCAAUAAAUCGCCCCCAAUGCAUCGCAAGGAAACCCCUAGAAGCCUACAGUCCUCUCCACGAGGAAUACGCUCAGCUAUACCGCCAUCAUCCGCUGCGCGAUCUGGCCUGUCCAUGUCUCCACCAGUUUUUGACGCCAUGCGUCAUCCUCAGAUGAAAGGAGCAGCGGAUCAAGCUGAAUCUCGCAAUCUACCAUCGCGGGACGUGACUGAUGAUACUAUCGACGAAGCCUACGUUUUGUUCAUUUUCUACUGCAAUCCUAACGUGCCUUCCUCCGUUGAUACCUCGGAGCUCCGCAAGACGUUUCGUUGUCCCCCGCGGAGUGAUGGCAAGAGCUUUAGUGUUUUUACUCUAUUUGAACUUAUUCGAAAACUCGACAAUAAAGAGCUGAAGACCUGGAUCCAAUUGGCGAUUGAACUGGGCGUUGAGCCCCCUUCAAUGGAAAAGAAGCAGAGCACGCAGAAGGUCCAGCAGUAUGCGGUUCGGCUCAAGGUAUGCGCCAUCCCCUUUGAAGCCCUUCUGUAUCUCUAA